ACACCUCUCAACGCAACGAUGGCCGCCGUCGCUUCGACCUCCGUGUCGGCCCUCCUCCGCGCGCCCGUGUCCUCGAACGCGCGCGCGAGCAACGCUCGCGUCGUCCGCGGAGCGAUCGGGAUCGCGAAGCGCGGCACCUCGUCCGUCGCGUCCCGCCGCGCGGGCGUCGUCGUCAGCGCGAGCGUCGAGGAGGUGAUCCCCCAGCUCGCGGUGGACCUCCCGUUCGACACGACCGCGUUCGACGAGAUGUUCGUCAACGCCGCGAGCAUCAUCCUCCCCGCGUGGGGCGCGAUCGUCGGCACGAUAUUCGUCUUCGGCACGAUCGCGAAGGUGGCGUUCCCGGAUAAGUACGACGACGCGGUGUACAAGAACAAAGCCAAGGAGCUGGUGCAGGACGAGAUCAUCGAUUUGGAUAACCUCUCGGAGGCGGACUUAGCCGCGGUCGCGGCGUUGGAGAAGGAGCGCGCGGAGCAGGGGAAGUGAGCGUUCGCGUGAGGACGCGAGCACGGCGAGCGUGAGGAGGCUUGAAGGAGUGUAUUGAUCAGAAAUUAAGCGU